GCCGCCGUGUCGCCCUGGGCCCGGAUCGGACCGGUUGGGACCGGAAGUGGCCCCAUGGCGGAGCCCCACAGCUGCCAGAAACAGAUUGACGAAAUAGAAGCCCUCUCCUCUAUCUAUGGCGACGAAUGGUGUGUUAUUGAUGAAGCUGCAAGAAUAUUUUGCAUUCGAAUUAGCGAUCACUUAGAUCAUCCUAAAUGGACACUCUGCCUACAGGUGAUUUUGCCGCCUGAAUACCCAGGCACAGCACCGCCUCUGUAUCAACUGAAUGCUCCUUGGCUUAAGGGACAAGAUCGUGUGGAGUUAGCAAAUAGCCUUGAGGAAAUCUACGUGGAGAAUCUUGGCGAAAGCAUUCUUUAUCUAUGGGUGGAGAAGAUACGAGAGGUUCUGAUGGAAAAAUCGCUAUCGUCUGAUUCAGGUCCAGACGUCAAGAAGAAAAGUGAGGAGGAAGAUGUUGAUUUUGAAGCUGAUUUUAUUUUGGAGCGUCAGCCGGAAGAUGCAGCGAAAACGCUGGACUUUGUUAUUCCGGAAAGUCAAGCGGACAUGGAAGAGAUGCCGCCGAUUGACCACGGCGUCCCCAUCACGGACCGAAGGAGCACUUUCCAGGCCCACUUAGCUCCCGUAGUGACCCCCAAACAGGUGAAGAUGGUCCUUGCCAAAUUAUACGAAAACAAGAAAAUAGCCAGCGCGACCCACAACAUAUACGCGUACAGAAUAUACUGUGAAGACAAACAGACGUUCCUGCAGGAUUGCGAAGACGACGGAGAAACAGCAGCAGGUGGCCGUCUCCUCCACCUCCUGCAGAUUUUGAAUGUGCGAAAUGUUCUGGUGGUAGUGUCCCGCUGGUACGGAGGGAUUCUGCUUGGACCAGACCGUUUUAAACACAUCAACAACUGUGCCAGAAAGAUCCUAGUGGAACAGAAGUACGCAAACGCCCCGGAGGAAUCAUCCAAGCAGUUGGGAAAGAAUAAAAAGCUGAGAAAAGACAAGAGGAAGAGUGAACACUAAACCUACCAAAAUGUAAAAAUAAUAAAGAAUAAAUAAAUCCCCCCAGGGACACAGCCGCAGACUCAAAAUGAAAAGUCUCUGA